CAUCAUGUUGCGAUACCUCACCCUCUUCGCUCCUGCUCUCGCAAGCGCAGCAUCAACACCACUUGCACCAUUCUGUCGCACAACCCCCUCCGACGCAUCAUGGCCUACGCUCUCAGAAUGGUCGUCGCUAAACAACACAAUCAACGGAUCUCUAAUCCGCACCGUACCGGUCGCAUCAUCAUGCUGGCCCUCCACCAAUACCACCUUCACCUCCCCUCUACCGUGUCAAGAAGUCAACGAUAACUGGUCAAACGGAACCUGGCACUCUCAGCAGCCUGAAUCAAUUGACUACCAGCUUUACGCGAAUAACUCUUGUUUACCGGAUGAAGUGGGGAGCUAUUCAGAGAAGCAAGGGUGUACGAUAGGUGGAUUGCCGCAGUAUAUUGUUAAUUCGACGGAGGAGGUUGAUGUGGCUUUUGCGAUGAAGUGGGCUGCUGAGAGGAAUAUAAGGAUUGUGGUUAAGGGGACGGGUCAUGAUCUUAAUGGACGGUCAAGCGGCGCUUUCUCCCUCUCAAUCUGGACCCGUAACUUCCGCAACUUGACUCGCGACACAGCCUGGCGUAUCUCCAACAGCUCUUCCCCAGCCGAAGAUGUUUUCAUUGUCGGCAGCGGCCAGCAAUGGGGCAACGUCCUCUCUUUCGCAACAAGCCAAGGUCGGGUCGUGACAACAGGCCAGGACCCCAGUGUGGGUUUGGGUGGUUACAUCCAAGGCGGUGGUCAUGGCCCGUUGGCUUCGACCUACGGUUUGGCAUCAAGCCAGGUACUCCAGAUGACCGUGGUAACUACCACCGGACAUGUGCUUGUCGCCAACGAAGUCCAGAAUCAAGAUCUCUUCUGGGCACUGCGCGGUGGUGGUGCAGGACAAUAUGGCGUUGUAACCGAGUACGUGAUCAAGCACUACCCAGCUCCGCGCAACGUCGUCAUGGCAAGUGUACAGAUCAAGCCGAAAGGUAGUACAAACGCCAGUAUGGAAGCGUCAUGGUCGGCAGUAGCCAGUUGGCUCAGUGCACUACCCGAUCUCAUGGACGCUGGACUCGCAGGCGCCGCAACCGUUGCAGUAGGAAGUACGGCACCGAAAUUCUUCCCUGAUAUCGAUAUUUCAAACGGUCCGUUCACGGGUAUUGGACUCAACCAAGUCUUCUGGGCUUUCAACACCACGCCCGCUGCUGUCGAGGCGCUCGUUCAACCCAUCUUAACAGAAUUGUUAGCAUCGAACACCAACACCACCAGCACAAACACCUCGCUAGUCACAACCACACUCUCAACAUCAACCCACCCCAACUACCCCUCCUUUUUCACCACCAUAUCUGGCGACAACGUCGCAGGCGGCGAAUCCCUCACCUCUUCCCGGCUCCUCGGCCGCGCCGAACUAGUCUUCACACCUCACACCAAGAUGAUCUCCUACCUAAAAACCGCCAUGGCAAGUCAAAACAACACCAACCCCGGAAACUACGCCACCAUCGGCCUCUCAGGCGGGCCCGGCGUGCACUCCACCCCAUCUCAGCACUGGGGCGCCUUACACCCCAGCUGGCGCACCGCAUAUCUGCAUUUCAUCGCCACAGGCGCUACCAUCGAUUCGCGUGCCGCGGGCUCUGCGAAGCGCGCGUUGAGCAUCGGCGCCGAAUGGCACAACGCUGUGAAAGAGCCGAUGUGGGAGGAGUGGGCGCCGAGUUCGGGAGCGUAUAUGAAUGAAGCGAAUCCGUAUGUGAACGGGUUCCAGGAGGUGUUUUACGGGGAGGGGUAUGAGAGGUUAGUGGAGGUGAAGAGGAAGUAUGAUCCGAGUGGGAGUUUGUUUGUGCUUUCGGGGGUGGGGACCGAGGGGUGGGAGUAUGAUCUUGAUAGUGGGAGGUUGUGUAGGGUUUAAAGUGGUCCCAGGACGUCGUAAAAUUGGUAGAUUAGUUGCACUCUAGAUGCGAUGUCCAAUGGAUCAUAGUGCACCUUUGAUUCCUUGGUGGCUGGUGACGACAUGACGCGCUGAU